UACUAGACUGAAUUAAAAGGAUUUGGUCAGUGCAAGUGGGAAGAAGGACAGCUUUAUAUGCCAUCUUCAAAAGCAAUGUGACAGAAUGAUAGGAUGCAUAUGUAUGCUCCAAGAUCGUAUUUCGGCUUUAACAUUCGUCCUGACGUAACCCCGAUGCUAGAAUCUCACCUCUUUGCGGCGUUUCGACAUGGAAAUAACGAUAAACCCGGCUCCGUCGGAUUGUAAAUACGAGAUGCAAACAAAUAACUUAGACACCCGACUUUGGUUAGUUUGCAUAUUUGUCUUGUUGUCAAACAAGCAAACAAUACAAAUAAUACAAAUCAUGCAUCGUGCUUGUCACCAGCUCUUUCCCAGAUCCAACUUCUGCGCUCAUGAUACCAUAUUCAAAGCGAUGCUGCUGACUAUCUGGCCUGAACAAUUGCGGUACCAUAUCACAGACCAUUAACCCAUCAAAGAUGAUGCUGAGGAAGUUCCAGCAUGGAUCAAGCAGGCCCAAAGAUACCGGUUUCUCCUGGUAUCAAACAGCAGCAAUGCGGAGAACCACCAAUAUAAAUAUAUAAUAAUACAGUCCAUAAGCUGCGUUAUUAUUGGGGUCUAACUUGACAUAUGAAGCAGAGCAAUGACAAGGAUCACUAACAGGAUGUGGAAGAUAGCACACCCCAUUCAGACAUUGACCUAUAUUGAUUGAGCUCAUGCUGCUUAGGUUCUGUCGACCGGCAAAUUCUUUGGGAGGUGGACCUGUCCCCAUUUACCCGGGCUCGAUCACACUCAGCGCUCUGAAGGGCCUCUCGUUCGGCUCCAUGGACACAGUCGAGUUUAUGGUGAUGUAUACGUAGCUGGUCGCCUCAUGCGCAACGAGUUGGUCGAAUACGAAGGCAAAUUGCCUCUCAGACAUGUCGAAGAUGAAGAAUAAGACGAAUGAUGGAGCCCAAAGUUGAAAGGAACAGCCGACAAUUGUAAAGAUAGAGUAGUCGCAGGGCCAAGUUGAUGACCCGAUAGUGCAGUAGUCUUCUUUUUUUAGUCGAGAUUCAAAGGAACUAAGAAUCGUCCUCAGGCAGAUUACAGUCCGACUCCAGAACCAUGGAUACACCGACGGAGUGCGGUAUACGAACCCCCGAUGACGUACAAAUGGUCUCAGAUAUUAGUAGUAAUACUACGGUCAUCGAUUCAUUCUGGUGUACGGUGCGUCUUGUGGACAUUUCAACAAAGCAGACAAACAAGAGAGCACUCAUGAACACCGAGAAAUGGCGCCUCUGAAUGUGAUCAUUAUCGGUGGUGGGAUCUCUGGAUCGAUUUGUGCGCGUGUACUACGAGAGCAUCACAACGUCACGAUCAUCGAACGCUCGAAUCAUGAGCGUGCAUACGGGAAUGGCGUCAAUCUGGGACCGAACGCGACGAAGAUUCUGGAUAAACUGGGCUUCAGUACAGAGCGGGCUCAAACUAUCAUCCUGGAAAAGUAUAGGAUAAUCGACAGUAGCGGCGCGCUGCGGGAAGACUACGACCUGCGUCCCUAUCAAGAGAUCAGUGAAGGGCGCUGGUACAGUCUACAAUGGGCGGAUAUGUGGCAUGAAUUUAGGCGGCUUGCCCUGGCGCCGUCAGAAGAGCUCGGGAUAUCCGGCCGGCCAGCAACGAUGAUCAUGGGUGUCAAAGUAGUGAACGUCGAUGUGGAGAAGGGGGAGGUCUUUCUCGAGAACGGAAAUAAGCUGGAAGGAGAUCUUAUAAUCGGCGCAGACGGGAUCAGGUCCGUGCUUCGAUCAAUCGUUUUAGGUGAUAGACAUGACGUCGGUUCAACACAAGAAAUCGGGAUGACCGCAUUCAGAUUCAUAAUGCCGGCCGAGCAUGUCGAAGAAGCCGCGGGCAAGUUGCGUGUGAUGGACCCUGAAAAGCCACCUUGUCUGGACCACUACCUGGCACUGGAUGGCAGCAAACGGAAGAUCAUCAUGUAUCCCUGCCGCAACUUCAAGCUUCUGAAUGCCAUCUGUAUGGCCCCGAAACUCCUCGUCAGCGGCACCGCUGGAGAACCAUGGGGCACGCCAGGCGACGGAAACCACCUUGCUGACUGUUUUUCUGACUUCGGAGAACCUUGCCAGGCCCUAUUACAAAACGUCAAAGAGAUCAAGCUCUACCCGAUGAGCGACUUAGUUCCAUUACCAACCUACAUCAGAGGUCGAGCAAUCCUAGUCGGUGAUGCAGCACAUACCUUGUCACCGCAUCAGGAUCAAGCAAGCAGCCAGGCUAUAGAGGAUGCUGAAGCCUUCGAACUUUUCAACAAGGAUAUCGAUCGAUCACAGAUACAAGACAUCUUGAAGGAUAUCGACCGCAUACGUCGGCCCCGGGCAGCGUCUCUUCAGCAAACUACGCGAGCAGCUUUAAUCGACCCCAAAGAAAGUGCGGAUCCCAUGCGUUACCUGUUCUACUGGACGUACCCUGGUAUCCGGCAGUGUCUGAAAAACACGGAUGAAGGCAGGCAAAUGAUGGAGAUCUGA